UCACGCACGCGCUCUCUCCCUUGACCUCUGACCCCCCCGGCCGCCCUUGAGCUGGGGGCCGUGGGGCCAGGAAGCAGGGGCCAGGAAGCAGGAGCCAGCGACCCCGAGGCGUAGCUGCCGCCAUGGCUCCGUGCAGGGCACUUGACAAGCAUUAUCUCAUCGAAUCCUUAUGACAGCCCUAUUUUUGGUCACGUUUUACAGGCCAAAUACCUGGCCCAGAUCAUUGUGAUGGGGGUGCAGGUGGUGGGCAGGGCCUUUGCCCGAGCCCUGCGGCAGGAGUUUGCAGCCAGCCGGGCAGCAGCUGACGCUCGGGGACGUGCUGGAUACCAGUCUGCAGCUGCCUCCAACCUGUCGGGCCUCAGCCUCCAGGAGGCACAGCAGAUUCUCAAUGUCUCCAAGCUGAGCCCUGAGGAGAUCCAGAAGAACUACGAACACCUAUUCAAGGUGAACGACAAAUCCGUGGGUGGCUCCUUCUACCUGCAGUCCAAGGUGGUCCGAGCCAGGGAGCGCCUGCAGGAGGAGCUCAGAAUCCAAGCCCAGGAGGAGAGAGAGAAGGAGCAGAUGCCCAAAACGUGACCACCCGGCCCCUCCUGCACCCUGCCCACCACCUCUAAUUUAUAGCUCGGUAAUAAAUGUCUGUUCCGCGUUUCUCAGUG